AUGUCUGGUGAUAAAUGUAUGUUUUUUAACUGUAAUUUGUCGAGGAGAACCUCUAAGAAUAGUUUUUAUUCUUUCCCUACUAAUGAAGAAUUGGCUAAAAAAUGGAUUUUAAAUUCAGGAAAUAUGAAGCUAGUGUCACUCAGCCCUAAACGGUUGAAAAAAAGGUACAUUUGUGCUAAUCAUUUUGAUACUAAAAUGUACAACGAACCGGUUGGUACAAUUCGUCGCACAUUAAAAAAAAAUGCUGUUCCGAUGGAAUAUUCUCUGGGUAAAAUUUGUUAUAUAUAA